AUGUUCGCCAAGGAUCAGAGGGAGGAAGCCAGGACCAGAGAGGAGAUGGCUGGGGGCUGCAGCUUGGGUAACAUCGGUGGGGUUGGGGGAGCGGGUGGAGGGGCUCCACUCCAGCAGACCUGGAUCACGUUAGCCCCGGAGACAACACCUGCCCAAGGCCCUGUGGCCCCGAGAAGGAGCCUGCAGAGGUGGAGGCUGGUGUGGGGGGAUGUUUGGGUCGGGGGGAUGCUGGCCAGGCUGGAAGCCGCCACCCUGGGCCCCUUUCCCUCCCUGACCUGGGAUCUGGGGACCGGGACGCUCCGGGCCGGCCGGGACCCAGGCCACUCGUGGGAUGGGGCCAUGGGGCAGGGGCCGGGCUGGUCCCUCCUCUUCGGCCCCUUGCUGGGACUCCUCUACGUCCUGCCAACAGUGACCGCAGGCCAGCACCCGCCGGCCCAGGAUGCCCCUUCACAGGAGCUGAGCCAGCGCGGCGUGCGGGGGGCCUCGGUGGAGCUGGCGUGUGGCGGGGUCCCUGCCCCCCAGGUGGUCUUCUGGAGCUUCACCCCGCCUGGCUCGCUGGCCCCCUGGCUCGUGGCAGUCAGCAGCGGCGGAGAGGUCCAGGUGGAGCAGGCGGCCGGGGCCCUGGGCACCGUAUCCCUGAGGAACAGCAGCCUCCGGCUGGGGGCAUUGCGGGAGGGUUCCCACGGCCGCUUCCUGUGCCAGGCCAUGUACAGCGCGGGCGGCCGCAUCCGAGUCACCUACACUCACAUCGCACUGGAGGUUUUGGUGCCCGUGUCCAAGCCUCAGGUGCGGCUCAGUGACCCGACGCCGGUGGAGGGCACGGCGGUGGUGGCGGGGUGCGCCGUGCGGGACGGCACGGGCCCCAUCUCCUACAGCUGGCAGAGCCGGGGCCCCGCAGGCCGGGCCGGGCCCGGGGACCUGGCGACGGGGUGGCAGCUCAACCUGACGGCCGUGAACCGCAGCCAGACCGGCUGGUACGUCUGCACGGCCCGCAACGAGGUCAGCAACUGGACCAGCGACGCCGUCUACCUCGACGUGAUCUUCGGCCCCGACGAGCCGGUGGUCAGCAUCGAGCCCUUCGCCACGGCCUACGGCGGCUUCGUAGCCAUCGAGCGCGAGGAGGUGACGCUCGCCUGUCAGGCCUCCUCCAACCCUCCCAGCCACUACGUGUGGCUGCACGACAGCGCCCAGGUGCACACGGGCCCCGCGUACGUCAUCCCCCGUGUCGCCCGCGCCCACGCCGGCUCCUACACCUGUCUGGCCCUGAACCCACGCCUGGACACCCGCACGCAGACCACCGUCCAGCUGACAGUCCACUACCCUCCCUCGGGGCAGCCCACCUGCACCAGCUCGGCCAGCCCCCAGACCACCGUGGUCCUGCGCUGCUCCUGGCCCGGGGGCUUCCCACCCGCCCAGCUGCACUGGGAGGGUCCGGAGGGGGCCGAGGGGGCCGAGGGGGCCGGCCACCCCUCCCCGUCCCAGGCCACCUGGAGCCCCCCGGGGCCUCGGCUCCUCAACGGCAGCAGCUUCACCUGCAGGGCCGCCCACGCGGCCCUGGCCCGGCCCGCCGCCUGCACAGUGACCUUCUGGGAGCCCUCGGGGAGCCCCUCCUGCGCCACCACCGUCACCGCCGCCCCCCACUUCCUCCUGCUGAGCUGCGAGUGGCCCGGGGGCCACCCUCCGCCCCUGCUCACCUGGCACGAAGGGGACCGGCCCCUGGCCGGGGGUGCCCACCCUUCACCCGCCACCCACGUCCUCGGCGUUCACGGCCGGCUGGCAGGCAGGGAGUUUGUCUGCACGGGCUCCCACCCUCUGCGGGCCCAGGCCCCGGGCUGCCGCCUGCGGCUAGAAGCCCCCCAGCUGGCGGUGGAGCCUCCCGGGGUGUCGCUGCUGGAGGGGGGCGAGGCCCGGCUGGACUGCGAGCUCCGGGGGGGCACGCCGCCCAUCCGGCUCCUGUGGCUGGACCCCCGGCAGCGGCCCCUGGGCCCCGGCGCCCCCCACUACACCCUGCGGCCCGCGGGCCAAGGGCGCGGGCUAGGCCUCACCGUCCGCGACGCCGAGCCGGCCCGCCACAGGGGCACCUACCACUGCGAGGCCCACGGCCUCCUGGGCACCGCGCGGCGCGCCGUCCGGCUGGACGUCCGGAGGUACCCGCCCCCGCCCAACGUCACCAUCAGCCGCCUGACCUACGGGCGCGGCCAUCGCCACGUGCUGGUGGAGUGGGCCACCCGAGGGCCCGGCAACCUGACGGCCUUCCUGCUGCAGAGGCGGGCGGGACCCCCCCGCCUCGCCCCCCGGGGGCCCGGUGCCUGGGAGACGGCCACGGCCGGCAACGGGCCCCACAGCCGGGCCCGGCGGCUGGGCGGCCUGGACCCCGCCGUCCUCUACGCCUUCCGCGUCCUGGCGCUCAACCACCGCACGGCCGGGCACCCCUCGGAGGGGCGGACGCCAGUGGAUCCGCCGUCCAGCAUGGUCCCCGCGGUCCUCGGCGCCUCCGCCUUGGCCACGGCGCUCGCCUCGGCCGCCUCCCUGCUGCUGCUGCUGUUUGCCGCCCGCCACCCGGCCGCCUGCCCCCGACUCGGCCGCCUGCUCGUCCCCGCGGCCCAGCUGACCAGGCAGCACCCAGGGGAUGACCCGCAGGCCGGGGAAGCCGUGCCCGCGGGGCCGGAGCGAACAGGAAGAACUUUGUUUUACGUAAACGAUGCAGGCGGCAGAGCAGAGUGCGGCCUGGAGAGCAGAGGCGGGGAAGCCAGCGAAGGGACAGAGCCGGGAAACGUCCAGGAAGAAGAAAACACAGGAUUUGACGCCAGACCACCUGGGCCGUCACCUGGGACUCCCAGCCCAGCGCCGGACACCGCCGACGCCCCGGUGAACGUCACCAUCACGGUGACCGCCACGCCCUGAGGCCCAGUCAGCGCCGGCCAACCCCUCUCCUCACCGCACCCCGAUUCCCCCGUCUCCCCGGCCGUAGUUCGGCUCCACCUCGAAACCAAGUCCCUCCGCUGCCGUUCUGCGCUCCUCUCCUCCUUGCCCCGCGGGUCAAGCCAGCGCCUCUGUUCUGUUUUGUUGUC